UUCUGAACAAAACCCAACUUCACUUUCUUCUUUCUUUCUUCAAUCGUGCUUCUCAUGGAUCAUUGAUCGCGGCCAGAUACAAUCAGAUUCAAGAAAUCUCAAAUGGAUCAUGGAAAUCCUUAAAGUUGGGAAAAGCUAGGUCUGAUGGUAUUGGUUCUUAGUUGUUGAGCUAGAAAUAAUUCAGAAUUCGGCAACUGCAAGCAUCACUCGUGGAGGCAGCAUGUGCGACAAAGUUCUUGAUUCUCUUUCUUCGGUUGCAGAUAAUUUUAUGGAUACAAAUGUAGAGAAUAAAAGUGUCCCAUCUAUCAGGCCUACCAUUGCUUCUACUCGAAAGCCUUUGGUAUUGUCAACCAAUGGUGUGCAUGAUCUGCUUGUCUGUCCUAUUUGUACCAGCUCAAUGUACCCUCCCAUUCACCAGUGUCCAAAUGGCCAUACUCUAUGUUCAAACUGCAAGGUUAGAGUGCAGAACCGUUGCCCAACUUGUCGCCAUGAACUUGGUAACAUAAGGUGCUUGGCUUUGGAGAAGGUGGCGGAGUCCUUGGAACUCCCCUGUAGUUACAAUGGCUUGGGUUGUCACGAUAUACUUCCAUAUUACAGCAAGCUCAAUCAUGAACAAAACUGCCAAUUUCGACCAUUCAACUGCCCUUAUGCUGGGUCUGAAUGUUCUGUCACUGGGGACAUCCCAACCCUUGUUGCACAUCUCAAGGAUGAACACAAGGUUGACAUGCAUGAUGGAUGUACCUUCAACCAUCGUUAUGUGAAGUCCAAUCCUCAGGAGGUUGAAAAUGCUACAUGGAUGUUGACUGUGUUCAAUUGUUUUGGUCGACAGUUCUGCUUGCACUUUGAGGCUUUCCAAUUGGGAAUGGCACCAGUAUAUAUGGCAUUCCUUCGGUUCUUGGGUGAUGAAGAUGAGGCAAAGAAAUUCAGUUACAGUCUGGAGGUUGGUGGGAAUAGCCGGAAGGUAACAUGGCAAGGAAUUCCAAGAAGCAUUCGUGACAGUCACAGGAAAGUUCGGGACAGUCAGGAUGGACUGAUCAUUCAGAGGAACUUGGCACUCUACUUUUCUGGUGGUGAUAGGCAGGAGUUGAAGUUAAGAGUGACAGGUCGUAUCUGGAAAGAGCAGUGACAUACAGCUACCAUUAAUCUAAGUUCAUGUAGGAAAGGAAGAUUACAUUAGACCCACUGGAUUGGUGGAUAAUCCAUUUGAGGAUUUGAACAGACAAAUGUUUAUCUAUAAACAGGGUAUAUAGAUAUUGGUUCAAGUU